GGUUAGAAACUUGCUCGUGGAAGAGGAAGCAAUCGCACGGUCUGGUCACUCUGCCACGAAGGCAUACUUCGCAUACAAAAUAGAAUCCAGAAACUGAGAAAUUCAACGUAAAAUGACGAGUGCCAGGACAACCAAGAGCUAGUCCUGCGUCGGAGACAGUGAGUGAGGCCCCGAUACAGCGCCAGAGUGAGAUAGACCGACACAGUGAGGGAGAUAGACCGAGCUAGAGCGGUCGAGAGAGAGGGGAGCCAUCGCAUCUCGCUUGAAUCCCCGGGACAUCCUGGUCCUGUCCCCCAAAAUACCACCACUACCAUCAUGAUGCCCUACAAUGUACGAAAUGCCGGAGGUGGCUCUGUCGGCGGUAUCCUCCGGAAAACGGGCACAUCCUUGGUGUCCACCUCGAUCGGCCAUGGAGGCGGCAUCAACUGCAAUAGUAAUGGAAGCGGAACUGUAGCAACAACUGGCACCGGAUCUGGAGCAUCCUAUAGCCAUGAGAACAACCGACAACCGCCGCUGGAGCUGCUAGUCUUCGGAUAUGCCUGCAAAAUCUUCCGGGAUGAUGAGAAGGCGCGCGAAAUGGACCACGGCCGGCAGCUGAUCCCCUGGAUGGGCGAUGUAAAUCUCAAGAUAGACAGGUAUGAUGUCCGGGGCGCCCUAUGCGAACUGACGCCACACGAGGCGCCACCGGGGGGCUAUGGCAACCGCCUGGAGUACCUCAGCGCCGAGGAGCAGCGGGCCGAGCAGCUGUGCGAGGAGGAGCGCUAUCUCUUUCUCUACAACAACGAGGAGGAGCUGCGUCUGCAGCAAGAGGAGGACCUGAAACGGCUGCAGCAGGAGACCUCCGGUGGCAGUUACAGCCAGGUGGGCUUCCAGUACGAUGGCCAGGCUGGAGCAACGGGAUCAGCUGGGUCCUCCACCACGACGGCCCAGCUCUCGCCCGAUUCGGAGGAGAGCGAACAGCCCUUUGUCCUGCCACGCACCCUGAUGAUGGUGCCUCCACUGGGCAUGCAGUUGCCGGAGACGAUGAAACAGCAUGCGAUUAUUGAGAAAACGGCGAGAUUCAUCGCCACCCAGGGCGCCCAAAUGGAGAUCCUCAUCAAGGCCAAGCAGGCCAAUAAUCCCCAGUUCGACUUCCUCACCCAGGGCGGCUACCUGCAACCCUACUACCGCCACCUCCUGGCUGCCAUCAAGGCGGCCAAGUUCGCUCCCGCCUUGGAGGCUCCCGGAGAUCAGAAGCCAGAUGGUCAGGAUCCAGACCAGGCGGCAGUGGAUGCCGGGCAGGGCGAAGAAAGUGGCGGCCGGAAGGCUGCCCAAGUGGUCAUCACGGUGCCCACCAUCAAGUACAAGCCCUCGGCCAACUGCGCCUACACCCAGCUGAUCAGCAAGAUCAAGGGCGUGCCCCUGCAGGCUGUACUCCUAGAGGAUGAGGGCAGCAAUGCCGGCAACUCGCAGCACUCCGGAGGCACUGCCUCGCCGACGCCCAGCUGCCGGUCCGAGGGUCAUAGUCAGGGUGGCGGGGAGUUCACCCCCGUUCUGCUCCAAUACAACGGGAGUACCUUCGCCCACGAGGAGGAGACGGUGCAGGAGCAGCCGGAGGCGAGUGAGGCGCCGCCCCAGGUGGAGCUCCUGAAGAACACCAGUGCUCUGGCCCUGGCCCAGAACUACAGCUCCGAAAGCGACGAGGAGGAGGAGGAGCCGGAGCCGAAACAGGAGGAGAAGAAACCCGAAGUCAUCCUCAACUUCCCCGUGCCGGAGGAGAAUCUGCGACAUAUCAUCGACAAGACAGCCACGUACGUGAUCAAGAAUGGUCGCCAGUUCGAGGAGACGCUGCGGACGAAGAGCGUGGAGCGGUUCAGCUUCCUGUUGCCGGAGAACGAGUUCUACGCCUAUUACCUCUACAAGGUCACCGGUGACGUGGACGCCGCCUCCAAGGAGCAGAAGACCCGCAAAGCGGCCGCCGUGGCAGCUGCUCUAAUGUCCAAGAAGGGUCUGAAGUUUGGAGGAGCAGCUGCAGCAGCAGCAGCGGCAGGGAGUGCUCUGGACAAGGCUCCUGUUAGCUUCUCUAUACGGGCCCGAGACGAACAUACUCCGCUGCAACCGACUCUGCCCCAGGAGGCCAGCGACGAGGAGGCCAGUUCGGUGGCAGGAUCAGAGCAGGUUCGUCCCGGCAUGCCCGACAGCGUCCAGCGGGCCAUCAAGCAGGUGGAGUCUCAGCUCCUGGCCAGAACAACUAACCAAAAAGCAGGCACCUCCUCCGCCUCCGCCUCCUCCUCCACCUCCUCCUCUUCCAGCGAACAGCGGCAGGCCGAGGACCGCGUGAAGGACAAGCUGGCCCAGAUAGCCCGGGACAAGCUGAACGGCAUGAUCUCCCGGGAGAAGCAGCUCCAGCUGGAGAGGAAGCGAAAGGCCCUGGCAUUCCUCAACCAAAUCAAAGGUGAAGGAGCCACUGCGCCGGCAUCGUUGCCGGGAAGUGCUCCCAACCCGCCAGAAGCUGCCGCGGGCGUUUCUCGCACGGACAGUGACAACGAAUCCAACGACUCCGUGCGCUCCAUACCCAUCACCUACUUCGGGCCGGACGACGACGACGAGGGUGAGCCCCAGCCGGAGGAGAAGCUUCGAGAAGUGGCCAAAGAGGACAAGGACAAAGAGAAGGAUAAGGAGAAGGAGCUGGAGCAGGAGGAGGAGGAGGAGGACGAGGAUGACGGCGAUCUGGAAAAGUACAAUCUGCUGAACGACGACAGCACCAACACCUUCACCAGCAAGCCCGUGCCGGCGAUAGCCACUCCACCGCUUCCACCGCCGGCGGCGACGUCGGUCCUCCUCUCCGACGACGACGACGUCCAGGUGGUGGCCACCUCCACCAAGUCCUCCUCCUCGCGUUCACACAAAACCCACCGGCGCAGCCGUAGCCGGAGUCGCACGAGAAGCAGUUCUGGAAGCGUCUCCAGCCGAGCCUCCUCCCAUCGACGCCGACACCGGCGCAAGGAAUCGAAGGAUGCAUCGCUGGCAUCCGCAUCGGCAUCGGGUAGGAAAGCAUCACAGUCCUCCCACCGGAAGAGCCCGAAGAAGCGACGACGCAGCCGGAGCAAGUCGCGGAGCAGUCGGAGCAGCCGGCGCAGUCGAUCCCGAAGCAUAUCCAAGAGCAGUCGCCGGAGCAGGUCCAGCAGCAAGUCCCGGAGCCGGCGGACGCCCAGCAAGAAGAGUCACAAGCGGCACAAGCGACGCCGGCGCAGCAGCUCCGCCUGAUCUGGGUGAUCUGGGUGAUCCUGGGCAGCAUCGUGUCUCCCCACAUCAUUCUCGGCCAUCAUUGCGUUUUGAAAAUUUUUCGUAUUUGUCCAUAGACCGUAUCCAAUAAAGCAGCGAGCAUAUUUUUGUAAACAA